GUACGUAACGAGCGUACGGAAACCGGAAGCGGCCUGCCAGGCGCAGUAGUAGCUGCUUAUGCCCAGCUCUGAGCUGUUCCUGUGACUGAAUCUGUGCCGCGUCCUCCUGUAGGGUGGUGGGGUGUUAUAAUCUGUUUCUGUCAUCGGAGCGGCGCGACCCCACCAGACGUAUGUUUAGUUGUCGGAUGAAGACUGGUUCUAGGAUGUGGCAUGAAGCUCGUAAACACGAGCGGAAGCUUCGGGGGAUGAUGGUGGAUUAUAAAAAGCGGGCAGAACGCCGGCGGGAAUACUAUGAGAAAAUUAAAAAAGAUCCUGCUCAGUUCCUUCAAGUUCAUGGACGAUACUGUAAGAUCCACCUGGAUUCCGCAGUGGCACUGGCAGCUGAAAGCCCUGUGAACAUGAUGCCAUGGCAAGGGGACCCUAACAAUAUGAUCGAUCGCUUUGAUGUCCGUGCCCAUUUGGAUUAUAUUCCAGAAUAUAAACCCCCUCUUCUUACAACUAUAUCAUCUGAACAAGAAUCUGAUGACCGAAAGUGUAACUAUGAGCGUUACCGAGGGCUAGUUCAGAAUGACUUUGCUGGAAUUUCUGAGGAGCAGUGUCUAUACCAGAUCUACAUUGAUGAACUCUAUGGUGGCUUACAGAGACCAGGAGAAGAUGAGAAGAAGAAGCUUUCCGAGAAGAAGGCCUCGAUUGGUUACACCUAUGAGGACAGCACAGUGGCGGAAUUGGGGGAAUCUCCUGAGAAAGGGGAGGAUGAAGAUUCUGAUGAUGAGAGUAAAUCCGAUGAAGAUGAAGUCAUCCCAGAUAUAGAUGUGGAGGUGGAUGUAGAUGAAAUCACAGAAGAGCAAGUUGCUGAUCUGAACAAGCAAGCGACCAGUUAUGGGAUGGCUGAGGGUGACUUUGUCAGAAUGCUGCGCAAAGAUAAGGAGGAAUCUGAAGCAAUAAAACACGCCAAAGCAUUAGAAGAAGAGAAGGCUAUGUAUUCUGGACGCCGAUCUCGGCGACAGAGGAGGGAGUUCAGAGAAAAACGACUAAAGGGGAGAAAAAUUAGCCCUCCCAGUUAUGCUAGACGAGACAGUCCAACAUAUGAUCCUUAUAGGCGGUCCCAGUCAGACUCUUCAUCUGUUUCAUGUUCCCGAACGCCAAGUCCAGGGCGAGAGGAGGCUAUAACUUUUAUAACCAGCUUUGGGGGCAGUGAUGAGGAAGCUUCUGGUCCUGCAACCCAGACUACUCCUGCAGGCAGUAGCAGCAAACGGGCCCAACAUACACAGGCCCCUGGGACUUCUUCAGGUCGUAAAGAGGCCUCCCGACGAAGGUCUUCCUCUUCAUCAUCCACUUCAUCUUCCUCUACCUCGUCGAGCUCUAGGACAUCCUCCAGGUCUAGAUCUAGUUCAAGAUCCAGGCGAGAGAGCUACAGGCGUAGAUCUGGAUCCCGUUCACGAUCCCGAAGAUAUUCUCGCAGCCCUGUAAGACGUUACUCUGGUGGAGGGGGGACAAGAGACAACAGAAAGUAUUCCAGGUCCAGGUCAUCAGACCAUGAUAGAUAUUAUGGAGGGAGACGUCGGUCUCGAAGUCGCUCACGGACACCUGACAGAUACAGUCGUGGUGGAAGGAACAGUGGGCGUCCACAAGGCAGUAGCCAAAGCAGCCUUUCCAGGACCCCUUCUCCAAAUCGAGAGAGGGGGGCAGGAAGGACAGUAUCCCCAGCACUGGGGGAGCGAUUGAAAAGGCCUGAACUUGCAGUUUGCAGAGAAAGUGGAUCAGCCAAAACUAAAUUGACGCCAAAAGAGAAACUGAAACUCCGCAUGCAGAAAGCCCUAAACAAGCAGUACAAAGCGGAUAAGAAAGCGGCACAGGAGAAGAUCAUACAGCAGGAGCAUGAACGCCAGGAGCGUGAAGAUGAACUACGAGCCAUGGCGAGGAAGAUCCGCAUGAAAGAGCGAGAGCGCAGGGAGAGAGAGCGCGACGAGUGGGAGAGGCACUACACCAGGAGCCGAUCGCCAUCACCGAGACACAGUCGGGAGUACAGCUCUUCCAAAAGGAGAUCACGCUCAAAAUCCAGAAGUCCCCAUCAUCGGCAUUAACACUCCAAGUUUUGAUUUUGUUCUUGUAUUAUAUUGUCAGAUAUAUUCAGAAUGACUUUAGCCAGUGUCAUGUUGCUCCAUUUACUGGUACACAUGAUACACAGUAGGAGAGCGUGUUCCAUGAAGCUCCUGUCACCCAGUGGAGACUGCCAUCUGUUGAGCUGAGCAGUGCCACCUAGUGUUUCACUAGGUAUCUGACAUCCUUGUUACUCCAAAACAGCUGUUUUCACAGUGCGCUAGGUAAAGUGCACUUAUCUGCAGAGAGGCGCUAUGAGUCCUAUUUUAGCAUUGGACACAAUGUUGGUCUAUUUUCUGUUUUAUUUUUCCAGGUGCCAUAAGUAUGGCAAAUCUUUUCUGUAUUCUUGACCACUUCUUAGUAGGUGAUGCUUCAAAAUCCGAAUGAUUCAUCUGGUGCAGACCUAUUGUGUCUUGUACGGUAGUUGUGAAAUGACUGGCAGGUGUCUGUGGGUAUAAAUGCACACACUUUUUUCUUUUUUUUUUUUAUUCUUUUUUUUUUUUCUUUUCUUUGUCUGCUGGUUCCUUUAUGGGUUUUAUCAGUAAUUGUGUAAUCGCACUGCUGUAUGAAUGUUAUACCAUGCUAGAAUAACAAAGUGAUUCAAUCUAAUAACUCAAAUGCUGUGAUGUAAUGACUGACAAUUAUUUCAGUUAGAUUGUUCACUUAUAGCUACCUGCAGCCACAGAGUGGAUUGUAUAUUAUAGCAAUUUGUCAUAGUUGCCACUUACGUUCCUUAUUUUACUGUACAUGUAAAUAAAUUGAAUUUGUUUUUGUAA